CCGACACAUUCCUCCGUUCCCCCACUCCCCGCGUCCGCCACCACCCCCAAGGCGUAAGAGAUUCCACGCGUUCGGCGGAAGCUUCUGGAAGAGAAAGAAGAGACCAAGGUAGCGCCGUCCGCGAGAGCCCUUGAGCUUGUGGAUUCAUUGGUUUUAAUGUUGAAGAUUGCGUAAAAUGGUCAGUAGAAAUGUAGCAGUUAGUCCACUAAAAGGAGCUAUUAUCUUUAAUGUUAAGGGAAUGGUAGCUUGGGGAAGACUGAAAAGAACAGGAUCACUACUUGAUACUGAUGUUCUUUGACCACGGUACCAUGGCUGCUGCUAUGUUUAUGCUCAUGUUUAUAAACACUACUCUUGACCGGUGUUUCAAUUUUUCUUCAAGGAUGAGGGAAAGAAGCUACAGUUAUAGUCCAUCACCACCAAGGGGUUAUGGGAGAAGACGUCGGAGCCCAAGCCCAAGAGGUCGUUAUGGAGGCCGUGGUAGAGAUCUUCCAACCAGUCUUCUAGUUAGGAAUCUUCGUCGGGACUGUAGGCCUGAGGAUCUUCGUAGGCCAUUUGGGCAAUUUGGCCCUCUCAAGGACAUUUAUUUGCCACGUGAUUAUUACACCGGAGAGCCCCGGGGAUUUGGAUUUGUUCAAUAUGUUGAUCCAAACGAUGCAGCUGAAGCGAAAUAUCAAAUGGAUGGGCAAAUUCUACUUGGGAGGGAAUUGACUGUUGUAUUUGCAGAGGAGAACAGAAAGAAGCCAGCUGAGAUGAGGGCUAGAGAGAGAGUAAGGGGUCCAGCAUAUGAUUACCGGAGGUCGCCUCGUCAUUCACGUUCCCCUCGAUAUUCUCGCUCCCGAUCCCCUCGUUACUCUCGUUCUCCACGCAAUGCAAGGUCUAUGUCCUACAGCCGUAGUUACUAUCCACCUUCUCCUAAGCGAUGCUACUCAAGAUCUGUUUCACCUCGAGAUAGAAGGUCACAUCGUGAGAGGUCAUACUCACGCUCACCUGUAUACAGUCGAGAUAGAAGGUUGCACUGUGGUAGGUCAUACUCACGCUCACCUGCAUACAGCAGGUCAAGGAGUAGCAGUCCAGUUGAUGAUUAUCCGAUCAAGCCAUCACACAGAGAAAGGUCUCUAUCUGUCAGCCAGUAAAUGGAUUGAAUUGCAGUGCAAGAGCUCGGCUGACGUUUACCGGUAACUUGUGCAAGAGCUCGGCUGAUGUUGGAUGUUAGCACUAUUCUUGUAUGUUGCAUGUUGGACCUAUUUUUGUUGAACAUGUGAAAGCGUGUUGGAUGUUUCCUUAGUUUAGCAGGACAAUAUGUUGAGAUUGAAAUUUAGUGAAUUCAAAUUGAGUGCUAGGAUGGGGCUUAAUCACCAUCUGAAUUUAUGUGGUGGUACCAUUUGCUUGGUUCUAAUGCAUACUGGACAGGAUUUUUGGAGCCAUCAGAGAUUUUG